CUUGUAUACUCUUUGUGUUGUUGUAAACGUCAAAUUAACACAAAAAGUCAUAAAUUGUUAGUGUGGGAUGUUUAUUGUUAAUAUAUAUUUAAUAAUAAUGACUGUAUAGUUUGACGAUUCAUAGAAAACACAACUAAAUUAUCGUAAUAUUUACUUUAAGUCUACACUUAUUAAGCAAUGUCCGAUCCUGCAAGUACGCAGACGCGCCGUUCUGGUGGUGAUAUUAAGAAAACUCCUCCGUCUUCCGUUGUAACAAGAAAUGGAGCAAGAAAAGCUAAAAUUCAGACACGUGCUAUGUCUGCAGGAGUUAAGCCCUCAGCAUCAGUUGUAGCUGCUAAGAAAAAGGCUCAGCAGAAAAAGAAACAAAUGGUUGACACAGUUUUACGUGAUCCUUAUCAAAUAGCAAUGGAUACAAAAUCUAAAGUGAGGAAACCAACUGGAUUCGUAACUGAGCCCCGUAUGGCAGAGCAUAGGUGUCUGUGGGAUGAUAAUUAUCCGGAAUGUCCUGAGCGAUUGAUAGGAGUGAUAAAAAGAUGUGAAGAACUAAAUUUAAUAGAGCAAUGUAAAAUAAUACCUCCAAGAGCAGCGACAAAGGAAGAACUACACACUUUACAUUCACCGUCAGUUUAUGACAUGUUGGAAACAACACACCAGAACAAUAAUGUUGAGUAUUUAGAAGAGCUGUCUUCAAAAUACGAUGCCAUUUAUAUUCAUCCUAGUACCCACGAACUAGCGCUAAUAGCUGCGGGUUCGACAAUAGAAAUGGUGGACCGUAUAAUAUCUGGUGAGGUUCACAAUGGGGCGGCGUUUGUCCGUCCUCCAGGACAUCACGCGAUGCGCUCAGAGCCAUGUGGAUACUGCUUCUAUAAUAAUGUUGCCCUGGCUGCUCAUCAUGCGAUACAUAAGCGGGGCUUGGAACGGAUACUAAUUGUCGAUUGGGAUGUUCAUCACGGUCAGGCCACACAGCAGAUGUUUUAUGACGAUCCAAGGGUGGUAUACUUUUCAAUUCAUCGCUACGAGCAUGGUUCAUUCUGGCCCAAUUUAAAGCAAUCUGACUUCCACUACAUUGGCAGUGGAGCGGGAGAAGGGUACAACUUCAACGUUCCUCUCAACUGUACCGGGAUGAAGGAUGCUGAUUAUCUUGCUAUAUGGCAUCAGUUGUUACUACCCAUGGCGCUUGAGUACCAACCGGAGCUAGUGAUGGUGUCUGCGGGCUACGACGCCGCUAUCGGCUGUCCGGAGGGCGAGAUGGAGCUGUCCCCGGGCGGCUACGCGCGGCUGACGCAGCAGCUGGCGGGCGUGUGCGCGCGCCUGCUGCUGCUGCUGGAGGGCGGCUACUGCGUGCCCGCGCUGGCGGACGGCGCCGCGCUGUCGCUGCGCGCGCUGCUGGGGCAGCCCUGCCCGCCCUCGCCCGCCCUCACCGAGCCCUGCGACCAGAUAAGAGAAUCGAUCUUAAACUGCAUAUACGCUCAUAAGAAACACUGGCGAUGCUUCAACUAUCAGCCCACCUACAGCACUGGAAGCAUACCCAACGUCUGCGACGUCACCAAACAGAAGCAUACCGUCGAAGUCAAGUGGCUGGGAGACGAGACCAGACCUGACCGCUUCGAUACUAGAAACUGCUAUCCCGUUCAAGAUGAUCGCACGAAGAGAAUUAUUUUGGAGAGGCUGAAUCAUUUGAGACUAAUUACAGACCUGUCACUACCGGAGCAUCCAGUAUGCUACGUCUACGAUCAAGCCAUGCUCAAACACAAGAAUAUCUGUGAACCAGGUCACGUGGAGUGUCCGGAGCGAAUCAUGCGUAUUCACGAGAGACACCGGGACUUCGGUCUUCUUGAACGGCUCCACCUUCUACCAGCGAGGCGUGUCUCCGACGAUGAGAUCCUCGCCGUACACACCAAAAAACAUUUGGACAGGUUAAAAGAGUUGUCAAGUACGAAGCUACGGGACCUCAACAAUCAGAAGGAGGCGUACGACUCUGUGUACUUCCAUCCAGACACGCUGGAGAGCGCGGCCGUCGCGGCUGGCUGUGUAUUGCAGACAGUAGACGCAGUUCUAACAAGAAAAGCCGGUUCCGGAGUAUGUGUAGUCCGUCCCCCCGGUCACCACGCCGAUGAUGACGCUCCCAGUGGGUUCUGUCUCCUCAAUAAUGUCACCAUCGCCGCUAAAUACGCCAUACAGGCCCAUGGGGUCCAGAGGGUGCUUAUAGUGGACUGGGACGUUCACCAUGGUAAUGGGACCCAGAGGAUUACUUAUGGGGAUAAGGAGAUCCUGUACAUAUCAAUCCACCGGUACGACAACGGUACGUUUUUCCCGCACUCCAAGGACGCGGACUACACGGCCGCGGGAGAGGGGCGGGGGGAGGGGUACAAUGUCAAUAUACCGUGGAAUAAGCGAGCAAUGGGUGAUGUGGAGUAUAUGGCAGCCAUGACUCAAGUGAUAUUGCCCAUCGCUUACGAGUACAACCCGGAGCUUGUACUGGUCUCGGCGGGUUUUGACGCCUGCGUGGGUGAUCCAUUAGGAGGUUGCAAGGUAUCACCGGAGUGCUAUGGACGUAUGACUCACUUCCUACACGGCUUAGCCGGUGGUCGUACAAUCUUAGUUCUCGAAGGCGGCUACAACGUAACUAGUACCUCCUACGCCAUGACAAUGUGCACAAAAGCCCUUUUGGACGACCCCAUAACCCACCAUUACGAUCCCAAACCCACUUGUCACUGGUCUGCUGUUGAAACUAUAAACAAUGUCAUCAGGAUACAGAAGAAAUAUUGGAAAAGUCUUAAAUUUCAACUCGCACUACCGAUUGAAGAUGUUUUAGAAAAGCCAGCGCCAUCUAGAGGGUUAAUUAUUAAUGAGAAUACAGUCAGUGAGGGUAAAUCCCAAAAAGAUUCAAGUAUGUCUUUGGAAGACAGUAUGGGUUACUUGAGCAUAGGCAGUAAAUGCUCAGAUGGUAUACACUGUGGUACUGAUGGGGAAGAUAGCCCUAGUGCUUCUCAAGAAAAUAAAGAAAAUAAAAAUGAGCAAGGUCAAGAAACGAAGACCUUAGUGGACUUUUUUUCGCAGAAUAUGCAAGCAAUUGUCGAUGAAGAAAUGUUCGCAGUGGUGCCGUUGCAAUGGUGUCCACAUUUGGAGACUUUGUACGCGAUACCUACCGAUGUCAAGUUUGAACAGGGAGUCAAGUGUAUCGAUUGCGAUCAUAUGGACGAGAACUGGGUCUGCCUGCAUUGUUAUGUUACAGCAUGCGGCCGGCACGUGCACGGCCACAUGCAGGCGCACUUCCGCGCCACACAGCACGCGCUGGCGCUGUCGCUCACCGACCUGUCGGUGUGGUGCAGCGCCUGCGACGCCUACGUCGACAACCCGCUGCUGUACGACGCACGGAACAACGCGCACCGCUGCAAGUUUCAGGAGGACAUGCCCUGGUGCUAUAAUACUGACAUGAUAGAGAUGCAUUAGUUCAUUACAACCAAGUUACAAAUGCCUAACGAACGCCCGGUUCCUAUGUUAAAAAAAAAACGAUACGUCUUAACUAAUCGUUUGGGGCAGUUUGUAUUCACUCUGCAAUUCAUCAAGUUUGAUCUUAUUCAAACUGUCUAGUGUCAGGCACACUUCACUUGUUGAACUUGUUCACUUUGGUUAGUUGACAGGUGUAUAAUACAGAUAUAAGGUGUUUGUUUCCUAACUGCGUUCCUCAAAUGAAGGGUUUUAUAGCCACCCUAUCUAUAUAUUCAUUUAAAUUCGCAUUGUUCAUAUGUGAACUGUUACCAAAACACUAAUUAAGUUUCCUACUUUAGGAGCAGAUGACUGUAUGUAUAUUACAGCAAAAAUAAACAUGUUUAUAUUGUUCA